AUGGAGCGGCGCGUGGUGAGCCUCUUCGUUGACUUCUUCGACUCUUACUCCUACAACAUCGUGCACUACCUGCGAAAGGUGAACGGUACGGAACCGAUAGUCGUGCACCCGGGGGAGCUAACCAUUGAAGAUUUUUUGAGCAAAUAUUAUCACCAAGUGGACAAUGUAGUGAUCUCCCCAGGGUAUGGAAACCCUGAAACGGGGAAAAGCAACAAAAACGACCUAAUCGCAGGGAUACUGGAGAGGAAGAUCGACAUUCCAAUCCUGGGUAUAUGCUUUGGGCACCAAUUAAUUUGCCACCUCUACGGGUGUAAAAUAAAAAAAGUAAAGAAUAUGUUUCAUGGGGACACGAAUAUAAUUAAUAUAUGCAAGUACCAAAAUGUAGCUAGCGAUUUGUUUGAAAAUGUAAAGGACGGAUUCAAAGCGACAUGUUAUAACUCUCUAAAGGUGAGCAAAAGGGUGAGUGAUCCAUUGAGGAUUACUUGCUACUCUCUUUGUGGAAAUGAAUUCAUAGUUAUGGGCACGCAACAUAAAGACCUCCCAUACUACACUGUCCAAUAUCACCCGGAGUCCAUCGAAAGCGAUUUUAGUGACACCUUUUUUGAAAAUUUUAAAAAGAUUACACUAAAACGAGGAGGUGGACGUAGGGGAAGACAAGCCACUGUCAACUAUGCAGAGCACCAACUGUGGAGUAAACACCUGCAAGGAGAAUCUCCAAAGAAGCUUCCCCCAAAUGGACGGGGACAGAAACAGUGGAAAAUAAAACUUGUAAAACUUUCAGGGGUCCACAACUUACGUAAUUUCUCGCAGGCCAUUUUUAAAGCCAUUUGUUAUGACCCAAAUGAUGUGUCUUUUUGGCUGGACAGCAACGGGGAAUUUUGGGAUGCCCCUCUAGAGGGCUCCUACUCCAAGGGGGGGAUCCAACAGGGUGGAGGUGACAGUGUGGAUAGAAGCCCCACGCAUGGCAGUCACCCAAAUAGCAGCCACCCAAAUAGCAGUCACCCCAAUGGCAGUCACCCAAAUGGCAGCCACCCACAUAGCAGUCACCCACAUAGCAGUCACCCCAAUACCAGCUGCAGAUUUUCCUACAUGGGAAAUGCGAAAGGGCAUUUAAGCGAACUGUUAGAAUAUUACUACUCAGAGGAUGGGGAAGGGAACCAAAUUAAUGGAACAAUCAUUCAGUUGGGGAAAGGGCCAAGCGACGAAUCGUAUCGAGUGAGGCACUACAGUGAGGACCCAAACAACUGCCUGGUGCAUCACAUGAGAGACAGGAUAAAUCUCUUUAAGGGUAACUAUAAUAUCCACUUAGAGGAGGUCAAAAUGGGGAAGUGGGAUGGCACCUUCAGUGAGUGCAGAACGAGCCGUGGUGAGAAGAGCAUGGCGAAUCGCUCCACGGGGGAGGAAGGAGAAGAAGGAGAAGAAGCAGGAGACGGAGAGGAAGGACAACUCCCCCCUGAUGGUUAUCCCUACGAAGGCUACCUUCCGAAAGGGGCAAUCGAAGAGGACCAAUUCGUGAAGCAUAAGGACUCCUGCCUCUUGGGCUACUUUGGCUUCUUCACAUACGAAUAUAAUUACGAGACCAUGAAAAAUUUGUAUGAAAAAAAGUGGAAGAAUCAUGCGGAGGACAGGCACUCGAAGAAUGCCAUCCCCAUUUCUGUUUUUAUUUUCCCUCAGAAUUUUAUCUCUCUCGAUUUGGUCAGUAAUAAUAUUUACUUAAUUUCGCUCGAACCGGAGGAGCCCUAUUUUAAGUCUCCCCUGGGGCACUCCCCCCCCGUCUGCAGCAGCCAAGAAGUGCACGACCUCCUACGGUACAAUGCCAAAUGGAAUCGCAAAGCCAUCCGCAAAAUUGCCGCAAUUGUUAAGACAAAACGGGAAUGCUGCGAUCGUGUGGAAUGCUGUGAUCGUGUGGAAUGCUGUGAUCGUGUGGAGUGCUGCCAACGUGUGGAGUGCUGCCAACGUGGUAUGGUUCCCCCUGUAAGCACCCCCCCGGAGUGUCCCCCACACCAUGAGGAGUUACCGAACACGAACGAAGCAAAUGAAAACAAAAUUGUAUUUAGCCCACUGGUAGGUAAAGAUGAAUAUAUGGAAAAUGUAAAACGGUGCAAAGAGUACAUUGAAAAGGGGCAUUCAUAUGAACUUUGCUUAACGACCCAAUUUCUAGGGUAUUAUUUCGUGUCGGAUCGUAAUGCACCCUCUGUAGAUUUUCUAAACAUGUACUUGCAUGUAAGGCAUGUCAAUAAAGUUGCCUACAGUUGUUACAUUCACUACUGGAGAAAAAUCCACACUGAGUCAGUACCCCUCCAAGUAAGUACCAACCCCGUGAUCGAUGAAGAAUUACAAUUUACAGUCAUGUGUCUUAGUCCGGAGGAAUUCCUUCGAAAGGAUAAAGACGAUGUCCUCUUUAGUAAGCCAAUCAAAGGGACCAUAAGGAGAGGAAAGUCGGAUGAAGAGGAUGCAAAAAUGAAAAGGCAACUGCUCAAUAGUAAAAAAGACAGAGCAGAAAAUCUUAUGAUUGUAGAUCUCACUACAAACGAUUUUCACAGGAUUUGCCAAACUGAUACCGUUCGUGUUAGCCACUUAUUUCAGAUUGAGAGCUAUGCUUAUCUCCACCAAAUGGUUUCCCAAAUACGUGGAAGGCUUUCCCCUGGGAAAUCCUUUGCAGAUGCCAUUGUCAAUAUUUUUCCAGGCGGUUCCAUGACGGGUGCGCCCAAGCCCAUAUCUAUGUCGCUUCUGCAAAGCAUCGAAAAGGCCCCCCGGGGGGUUUACUCCGGAUCCAUUGGGUUCAUCUCCGUGCAGGGCAAUUUUGUCCUUAACAUCGUCAUUCGAACGGCCGUGGUGCAAAACAACACGAUCUCCAUCGGGGCCGGUGGCGCCGUCACUAUCAAGAGUGAUGAGACGGAGGAGUACAACGAAAUGCUCCUUAAGUUUAUGAGCGUGGCGAGGCCAAUUUGGUAA